AUGCUAGAGGAGCAGAAAAAGACAUCGAUGAACGAGCGGAUCUACAAACUCCAAGCACAAUGUAGUAUGCGUGAGAAUCAGCUACAAAAGAAGAUCGCACUUCUCAAGCGAAAGCCUGACAAUGUUGCUAUAGAGACAAAGUCACAGAGUGAAACAAAGUCAAUCGUGUCAUCAAAACGAACGACAAAAGACCGUGAACGUCGUCUAAUAGCUCUAAAAGAACGGCAAGCUUUGGAAAUAAGACACCUUGAAGAACAACUUGUACUGAUGGAAGAAUGCAGUAGUGAAUACGAGUUCGCAAACGAAGAAGAGGAAAAUAGCAGCUGUAAGGAGAAAGUUGAUAAAUGGUUGGAGAACGGACCUCACCCCGAUACUUCCAUAGCUCCUACGCCGGUCUGCUCCGACGUACUAUCCGUUACUUCAAAGAGAAACACGGAUAGCAACCGCAGUACGACCGGUAACUAUUCUCAACACGCGCGGGCUCUCUCAAAAAAACAACUGGCUGCACGGCAAGCCGUAUCUAAAGAUCUACCAACCUUCUCCGGAGAUCCCGAGGAUUGGCCCCUAUUUUUUGCCACAUUCGAGAGUAGCACUGCAAUGUGCGGGUAUAGCAACGAGGAGAACAUAUUUCGCCUAAGACGCUGUCUAAAAGACAAAGCCUUCGAUGCAACGCGAAGCUUGCUGCUACACCCAGACAAUGUGGGUAGGGUGAUGUCUACGCUGAAAACCUUGUUCGGGCGACCUAACCUUAUCGUUGGGGCAAUGAUCCAGAAGAUUCGAGACAUACCACCACCGAGAAUCGAAAAACUAAAUACAAUGAUCAAUUUCGGCGUAUCAGUACAGAAUUUAUGCGCUACUAUACAGGCUUGCGAGUUAGACGAGUAUUACUAUAACGUAACAAUCCUUCAGGAACUAGAAGAAAAACUUCCACCAACAGUUAAACUAAGCUGGGCGCUAACCCGCAAACCUAUUCGGAGAGUGAAACUCACAGAUUUUAAUGAAUGGCUUAAAACAAUCGUGGAAGCUGCUUGUGAAGUUACUACCCCGGACGUGGACAUAGUCGGGAAAACAGAGAAGAAGAAGAAUCAAGGAUUUUUAAACGUCCACUCCGAGUGCCUGUCGGAAAGCCCGCAUGAGCCAGCGACAGAUGAUUGUAUCGUCUGCAAAUCGGAUUGCGAGACCGUUGCCAAAUGCAAACAUUUUUUGUCUAUGAACGUAGAUAUGCGCUGGAAAGUAUUAAGAGCCUGCAAACUUUGUCGUAGGUGCCUAAGAAAGCAUUUCACGUCCUGCGACGCCAAAGAUCCAUGUGGGCAAAAUGGUUGCACAUUUUUACAUCACAAUUUGUUGCACAAUGAUACCAAGCACAGGGACGCAAGAUUAGCGCCACCCUCUCCACCUACAGAUUUAAAUCAGUGUUGCAAUAUUCAUCGCAGUGGCGUCGGUUCCGUAUUCUUUCGGUACGUACCGGUUAUUAUAAAAGGAAAAAGGAAAUCAAUUGCAACGUUUGCGUUCCUUGAUGAUGGGUCAUCAUCAACCCUGAUGGAACAAGAGCUUUACAACGAACUAGGGUUGGAAGGAACCCCCCAGCCACUCUGCCUGAAUUGGACGGAUGGAACCAGUAGGUGGGAAAAGAACUCGGUUAAGUUUUCGGUCGACAUAUCAAGUGUGCACAGCCCUGAUAAACAAUAUCGCCUAUCCGGAGUUCAUACAGUCGCAGAACUCAGACUACCAGAACAGACAUUGUCGAUCGAAGAUCUGAGUCAGAGAUAUAAGCACCUCGAAGGACUUCCUAUUCAAUCAUAUUCCAGAAUCGCUCCCAGAAUAUUAAUCGGGAUGAACAACUGUCGACUCGGGCAUGUACUAGAUAGUAGAGAAGGCAAAGAUAACGAGCCUUCAGCAGCCAAAACUCGACUGGGUUGGAUUGUAUACGGUCCGUGCUUCAGCUCAUCACAACCAAAUACAAUUAUCGAUCAGGCCGUUCAUCGUUCGUAUCAUAUCUGUGCUUGUAACAAAGGCCAUGACGAGGACUUACACGCAGCCGUUAAAGAGUGCUUCGCUUUAGACAGUAUGGCAAUAAUUUCACCCCGCAAAAUUCUAAAAUCAAAGGAGGAUGAGCGCACCAUACGUUUACUUGAACAGUGCACCACUCUAAAGAACGGAAGAUACGAAAGCGGUCUUCUUUGGAAGUACAACGACGUCCGGCUUCUGAACUCCAGAUCAAUGGCACUCACGAGAACGAAAUGUCUAGAGAAACAAAUGGAACCUGAACCAGAACUAGCUAGUAUGCUCAAAUCUAAAAUAAGCGAAUAUGAGAAGAAAGGUUAUGUACGAAAGUUGACCUCUACAGAACUGAAAAUUCAUCGCAAUCGAGUGUGGUAUCUACCGGUUUUUCCGGUCGUCAACCCAAACAAACCAGGCAAGAUUCGCAUUGUCUGGGAUGCAGCAGCGGAGGUCCGCGGAAUAUCUCUGAACUCUCAACUUUUGAAAGGACCCGACCUACUCAAUUCUCUAGUUUCGGUACUGUAUAAGUUUCGAGAAUAUAAGAUCGCCAUUACGGCGGACAUACGCGAGAUGUUCCACCAAGUGAGAAUGAACGAGAAUGAUCAACACUGCCAGAGAUUUUUUUGGCCCGCCGAAGAACCCGGAGGCAAGCCUCAUGAAUAUAUUAUGACCGUCCUGAGCUUCGGGGCAACCUGCUCCUCAGCCACAACCGAAUACUGCAUGAACCUUAAUGCUCAGCGAUUCGCCAAAGAAUUCCCACGUGCUGUAGAGGCCAUCACGAAACAGCACUAUGUGGACGAUAUGCUGACGAGCGUGGAGGAAGUCGAACAGGCCGUUAAGCUGGCGAAAGAAGUCCGCCACAUUCAUUCUCACGCAGGAUUCGAGAUAAGAAACUGGCACUCAAAUUCCGAUCACCUACCGAACAAACUUGACGCUAAACCGCACGUCGAAACGAGCCUCAGCAUAGAUUCAGAGACUGCCAUCGAAAAAAUACUCGGCAUGUGGUGGGAUACGAAAACAGACUGCUUCACCUUCAAGCUUUCCCCACGACACGAUGGCGACCUGCUCUCGGGACGAAAAAUCCCAACGAAAAGAGAACUCCUUCGAACACUGAUGACUAUCUUCGACCCACUGGGACUGAUCGCCAACCUCCUAAUGUAUCUGAAAGUGCUUUUACAGGAAGUAUUGAGAUCCGGUGUGGGCUGGGACGAGAAGAUUAGCGGCAAUCUUCUGGAUAAAUGGAGGGUGUGGCUUCGAGUUCUUCCAGGCGUUCAAUCAGUUGCGGUACCUAGGUGCUACCGCAAACAUACCUCAGCGUCCGAUGAAACGACGACAAUCGAAAUCCACACUUUCGUAGAUGCGAGUGAGAGCGGCUACGCAGCGGUGUCGUAUUUCAGGUUCGAAGAAGGCGAUGAAAUAGAAUGCGAAAUAGCAGGAACAAAAACUCGCGUAGCACCGCUAAAGUUUGUGACUAUUCCCCGACUAGAACUACAGGCAGCAGUUCUGGGUGCUCGACUUGCUAAAAGCAUCGUGGAGCAUCAUAAACGUCCGAUCGUGAAGCGCUACUUUUAUACAGACUCAAAGGAUGUCAUGCACUGGAUUAACUCCGACCAUCGUCGGUACAGCCAAUUCGUAGCUGCACGCGUGAGCGAGAUACUUGAGUCUACUACAACAACCGAAUGGUACUGGAUUUCGACCAAACUCAAUAUUGCGGAUGAAGCUUCGGAUCGACGGAUGAAGAACUUCGCCCUACCGUUCUCCACCACAACGCUUACGCGUCGAUAA